CUCUCUCUCUCUCUCUCUCUCUCUCUCUCUCUCUCUCUCUCUCUCUCUCUCUCUCUCUCUCUCAAAUACAUGGUUUCUUUUCAUGCAUCUCUCUUGCCUAUAUCAACAAUGAUUCAAGACUGUGAGGAUUCUUCCAGAAAGAGGAAACGCGAGGGGUUGUUACAACCAGAAGAUUUCUUGGAUGACCUCCCUGAGUCAAAAAUUAAAUACUCAAAAAGAUCGGUACUUGACACUGAGCUUCAUCUUGAGACUCCCAUGCCCUUGGAGUGGCAACGAUGCCUCGAUAUCAAGUCUGGCCAAAUAUACUAUUAUAACACAAGAACUCAUAAAAAGACUUCAAAGGAUCCGAGACGCAGUCCAGAACCACCCAAUAACAUGAGUCUUGAUCUUGAGCUCAACCUACCCUGUGGAUCAUCCGAUACAACAAGGAAACAUCAUGUUGCAGACAACUUCUCAAAGUUCAAGUCUCUAAGCACAACCUCCAGCAAAAACGGCAACGCUGGUGGUGGAGCAUCCUCGUGGUUGGCGUUGGAAGGCGGAGAUCAACAACAAGAGAUGGUAACAGCAGUGUGUAAAAAGUGUCAUAUGUUGGUGAUGAUGUUCAAGACUUCACCUUCAUGCCCUAAUUGUAAAUUCAUGCAUCCACCCAGUCAAACCCCUCCUAGUCUCUUUACCAGAGAAUUAAGCCUCUUGUGUUAACUAAUCAAGAUUUAACUAUUAA